UAGUAACUCAAAAUAGCGUAUAAUUUUUAUUUUUUUUUAUGUUAAUAUCGAUGACGGCCACAAUUCUGGUUAUUUGUUACUGCAUACUUCUAUUUCAUUCAGAUUCUAAAGCAGUAGACAGCAUUUCUGCAAAUCAAGCUUUCAAAGAUGAUGGCAAUACAAUUGUUUCUGACAAUGGGAUGUUCAAAUUAGGAUUUUUUAGUCCUGGAAAAUCCAAGUAUCGGUACUUGGGGAUAUGGUAUAAUAAGGUAUCAGUUUGUACUCCCAUAUGGGUUGCAAACCGGGAGACGCCGAUUGCUGAUAAAACAGGCAUGUUCAUACUCAGUCAGGAAGGAAACCUGAUUAUUUUGGCAGAUGGUGGAAACACUAAAAUCUGGUCAUCCAAUUCGACAUCAUCAUUGGCUAUCAAUAAUCCAGUUGCUCGGAUUAUGGACAUUGGAAAUCUUGUUCUUCUGGAUUAUAGUAGCACCAAUAAUAAUCAAAACUACCCGAUUUGGCAGAGUUUUGAUUACAUGGGUGACACAUUUAUAGCAGGGAUGAAAAUUGGAAAGGAUUUAAAAACAGGGUUAGAGUGGUCCAUGACAUCUUGGAAGAGCCCUGAUGAUCCUUCUCCGGGCCAAUAUGUAUAUUGGGUAGACACAAAUGGAUAUCCACAAACGUUUGGGAGGAGAGGUAAGGAUUUGCGAUGGAGAAUUGGACCAUGGAAUGGUCUCGGAAAUAGUGGCCUUCCUAGUGACACUCCAAAUCCAUUUUACACAAUGGAAUUUGUUGUUAAUCAGGAAGAAAUAUAUUAUAAAUUUGAACUUAAAACUUCAGCUAUUCAACGUAUACAAUUGACAUGGGAUGGAAAGUUACUGCAAUUGCAAUGGAUAGAGAGACUGCAACAGUGGGUGGUGUAUACGGAUGUUGGAGUAGACAAUUUUAAUCGUUAUGCAGUAUGCGGUCCUUAUGGAAGCAAUAACAUCAAUAGGCGUGGUCUUUGUAGCUGUUUGAGGGGUUUUGAACCCAGACUUCCUGAUGAAUGGGAAGCAUCAGAUUGGUCCAGUGGAUGUCAACGCAAAAGGCCUUUAGAUUGUGCAAGUGGAGAUGGCUUUCAGAAAAUAUCAGGAGUGAAACUUCCAGACACACGGCAUUCAUGGUACGAUGUGAACAUGACCUUAGGUGAAUGCGAGAUAGCUUGCAGAAGAAAAUGCAAUUGUACAGCUUAUGCAAAUUUAGAUAUUAGGGGAAGUGGGUGUUUGUUGUGGUUUGAUGAGCUUAUGGACAUCAGAGAAUAUGAUGUAAAGCACAAUCUUUACAUAAGAUUGGCCGCCUCUGAAUUUCGAAAUCAUACUGAAUUUCAUGACUCUUCGUUAUUGGAAGGAAAUAAUAUAUCGCAAUUUAGUUACAAGAGGAAGAAAAAAGUACUCACAGUAGUACUUCUCUCAAUUACCUCAGCUGCGCUGUUAGUGUUGCUUGCAGUCGCGUACGCUUACAAGAAGAAAAGACCUUACAUGAAACGAAGAGGAAUCUGGAAUGCACAUGAUAAAAAGAAUAGCAGUGUUCAGAUGGAAGAUACUGAUGAUGACUUGCCCUUUUUAAGCCUGUAUGAAAUAGCAAAGGCUACUGAUAACUUUAGUAUCAAUAACAAGAUUGGAGAAGGUGGCUUUGGUCUUGUUUACAAGGGUGUGUUGGAAGGAGGACGAGAGGUAGCUGUGAAAAGGCUCUCUGAAUCAUCCAAGCAAGGGCAUGAUGAAUUCAAGAAUGAAAUCAUGUGUAUUGCCAAACUUCAGCACCGAAAUCUUGUUAAGAUUCUCGGAUAUUGCAUUCAUGAAAAUGAAAUGAUUUUGAUUUAUGAAUACAUGGUUAACAAAAGCUUGGACUCAAUUCUGUUUGAUGAAACCAGAAGCUCAAUGCUUGACUGGCCUCGCCGGUUUCAAAUUAUCCAUGGGAUGGCUCGAGCUAUUCUAUAUCUACAUCAAGAUUCCCGCCUCCAAAUUAUUCAUAGAGAUCUCAAAGCAGGCAAUAUUCUGUUAGAUGCUGACAUGAACCCAAAGAUCUCUGACUUUGGUCUUGCUAGAAAGUUUUUCGGGUCUGAUACUACUUUGACCAAAACGAAAAAAAUUGUGGGAACAUACGGUUACAUUUCUCCAGAGUAUGCAGUACAUGGGAAAUUCUCCACAAAGUCAGAUGUAUUUAGCUUUGGUGUUUUGGUAUUGGAGAUAGUGAGUGGUAAAAAAAACACGGGAUUCUCUCACCAAGAUCACAGUGACAACCUUCUUGGACAUGCAUGGAGACUCUACAAAGAAAACAGGUCAAUUGAACUCACGAGUGCGUCUGUGCGUGACUCAUGCAUCGUAUCUGAAGUAUUGCGAUCAAUACAUGUUGGGCUAUUAUGUGUACAACAUCAUGCAGAAGAUAGACCAACUAUGAUGUCGGUGAUUCUGAUGCUGAUCAGCGAGGGCGUUUUGCCUGAACCUCAACAACCUGCCUUUUUCACAGGAGAAAGGCAUGACGAAAUUCUGUCCGUGUCAUCCGCUGAUGAAUACAUGAUAACACAAUUGUUUGCUCGAUAGAACGCACAUGUUAAUGUCAAAUAUGUAUAUAUCCGCAACAUUUUGUUAGUAGUAACUAAUUUCGACCUAGUUGAAGCAUGUGGUUUUCCGGAAUUCCAAACUAGAUAUCCAUACAAAUUUCAAAUGGGUUAAGAGUAUACACAUAUGUUGUUUAUAUAAAUCUCUUUUUUUUUUUUAA